AUGUUUACGGGUACUUUGCGUCUGAAAGUCUGCGAAGCGACCGGGUUGCGGCCGACGGACUUUCAGACGCGCCACACGAUGACAUUCGGCCGGCUCGGCGAUCAGCUCAUCGAUCCGUACGUGUCCAUAGACGUCGACGAGAAGUUUAUAGAGCGCUCCACCACAAAACCGCGCACCUUCGAUCCGGCGUGGAACGAGAGCUUCAUACACGAGGUGGAGAACGCGAACGUCCUCGGGAUGACGAUCUUCCACGAGGGUCCCAUCACGGACGUGUUCGUGGCCAACACGACAAUACCGUUCGAGGAUCUGGUCACACGGAACGAGUCGGAGCAGCAGGACUUUUGGGUGGAUCUUGAACCGCAGGGCCGACUACACGUGAAAAUCGAUCUUCGGUGGACGCAGGACGCCAACAAUGUAGCCUCGCAGAACUCGUGCCGCCGGGCGGUCGUCAAGGAUCAGCCAUUUUUAAAUCGCCGCCGCGGUGCAAUGAGAAGACGUGUUCAUCAGGUCAAUGGUCACAAGUUUAUGGCCACAUUCCUGCGUCAACCGACGUUCUGCUCCCACUGUCGUGAAUUCAUAUGGGGAUUAGGCAAACAGGGCUAUCAGUGUCAAGUGUGCACAUGCGUCGUCCACAAGCGGUGCCAUAGUUCGGUGGUGACAAAGUGUCCCAAGAAAAAGGAUGAGCAAACCAAACCGACACCAACGGAGGCAGCCCAACGGUUCAAUGUAAAUAUGCCACAUAGGUUUUCAGUGCACUCGUUCAAGCGGCUGACGUUCUGUGAUCACUGCGGGUCGCUGCUGUACGGCAUCAUUAGACAGGGGCUGAAGUGCGAGGUGUGCAGCAUGAAUAUCCACCGGCGCUGCGAGGGCAACGUGGCCAACAACUGUGGCAUUAACACCAAGCAGCUGGCCGAGCUGCUGAACGAGAUGGGCAUCACCAUGGACAAAACACCACCCCGUAGAUCUAAGGUAAGCGUGAGUGGCUCCCGGACCAGAAUCCCAGCAUCCUCAUGUAUCAUUGCCGCUUUACUGUAGUACUCCAACCAAGCGCCUGGUGAUAGCCUCUCGAUGUCGGAACGCUCGGACGAUACGUGCUCGCUCGAUACGCUCUCCACCAAGAGCAGCGUGGAUAGUGAGCUCGGUGGAGGGGCGGCCUCCCUGCAGCACUACGGCGGUCGCGGCGGUGCCGGUGGUCAAACCUCAAAGUCUGGGGGGCCGGCGAUGGGCCUGCUGGUCAACCUGGGCGCCGACGACGACGGCAAUGCGCGCCCGAUGGCGGGCAAGGUGUUCCUGACGGACUUCAACUUCAUCAAGGUGCUGGGCAAGGGCUCGUUCGGCAAGGUGAUGCUGGCGGAAAAGAAGGGCACGGACGAGGUGUACGCGAUCAAGGUGCUGAAGAAGGACGUGAUCCUGCAGGACGACGACGUGGACUGUACGAUGACGGAGAAACGCAUCCUGGCGCUGGCCGCCAAGCAUCCGUUCCUGACGGCGCUACACUCGUGCUUCCAGACGCCCGACCGACUGUUCUUCGUGAUGGAGUACGUGAACGGUGGCGAUCUGAUGUUCCAGAUACAGCGGGCCCGCAAAUUCGACGAACCACGGGCCGCCUUCUACGCCGCCGAAGUCACACUCGCGCUGCAGUUCCUGCACCGGAACGGUGUCAUCUAUCGCGAUCUCAAGCUGGACAACAUACUGCUCGAUGCCGAGGGCCACUGUAAGCUGGCCGAUUUCGGCAUGUGCAAGGAGGGCAUUACCGGCGACAACCUCACGUCGACCUUCUGCGGCACACCGGACUACAUUGCCCCCGAGAUCCUGCAGGAACUGGACUACGGACCGUCAGUGGACUGGUGGGCGCUCGGGGUGCUAAUGUACGAAAUGAUGGCCGGCCAGCCACCGUUCGAGGCGGACAACGAGGACGAUCUCUUCGAGGCGAUCCUUCGCGACGACGUCCUAUACCCGGUGUGGUUGUCCCGCGAAGCGGUAUCCAUUCUGAAAGGAUUCAUGACCAAAAACGCAGCGAAGCGGUUAGGCUGCACCGAUGGCGAAAAUCAAAUCCGAAGUCAUCCAUUCUUCAAAGACAUGGACUGGGAGGCGCUGGAGCAGCGCAAAGUUCGACCACCAUUCCGGCCACGAGUGCGGAGCGCUCGCGAUGCUCUCAACUUUGACACGGAGUUCACGAAGGAAGACCCCGUGCUGACGCCGGUCCCGAACGAUAUCAUACGCUGCAUCAAUCAGGACGAGUUUGCCGGCUUUUCCUUCACUAAUCCCGAGUUCGGUCCGGAGCGGAAGAUAGUUUGCUAA